UUAUUAUUUUAUUUUAUUAUUAACAUUACAUGUCUGUAACGUGUAUUUUGCCCUUCGCGCCUGUGAGAUGCCCAGCGCCAGACAAGCCACCAUUCAUUUCAGUUUUCCCCUUUGCCGCUCUCUCCGCAAAAACCAAAAUCCCCUCCUGAAGAGAUGACCUCCAACUCCAAAGAGACCUAUCGCUCGCAGCGAUCCGCCAGCUCGGCGAUCGCUGCCUCUACUCCGCCGCCAAAUGGGCAGCAGAACUCCUCGGCCAGCCCCUCCACCUCCAGCGGCAUUCCCUCCACCUCCAGCGCCUCCCGCCUCCUCCCCCACAACCACCGCGAUGGACCCAGCUUCCGCCGGCUGCUCCGCUCCGGCGGCGCCGUCAUUGCCACGCCCCUCGCCGGCGUGUCCUACGUCAGCACCCCCAUCCCCGACGACGAUGGGCUCGAUGGCUGCGGCGGCGCCGCCGGGGACUGCUACCUCCUCGCCAAGUCCUACUACGACUGUCGCGAGUACCGCAGGGCUGCCCACGCCCUCAGAGGUCUGACAGGGCGGAAGCAUGUCUUCCUCCGCUGCUACGCUCUCUAUAUGGCAGGAGAAAAGCGAAAAGAAGAAGAGAUGAUAGAACUUGAGGGGUCCUUGGGCAAGAGCGAUGUCGUGAACAGCGAAUUAGCUUGUCUAGAGAGAGAGUUAUCCAAACUCUGCAGAACUGGUGUCAUUGAUUCCUUUGGUCUAUACUUGUAUGGCAUCAUACUGAGAGAUAAGGGUUGUGAGAACCUUGCCGUAACCGUACUUGUUGAAUCUGUAAACAGCUACCCUUGGAACUGGAGUGCUUGGUUGGAACUUCAGUCUCUAUGUACUACAACUGACAUUCUGAACAACUUAAAUCUUAAAAACCACUGGAUGAAAGAUUUAUUUCUUGCUAGUGCAUAUCAAGAACUCAAGAUGCAUGAGGAAGCUUUAAAAAGAUAUGAAAGUUUGAUGGGCAUUUUCCGGUUCAGUGAUUACAUCCAGGCUCAAAUUGCAACAGCCCAGUAUAAUUUGAGGGAGCUGGACGGAGCUGAAAUGAUCUUUGAAGAAAUCCUGAGGAAUGACCCAUAUCAUGUGGAUUCCAUGGAUGUUUAUUCAAAUUUACUUUAUGCAAGAGAAUGUUUCUCUGCUCUCAGUUUCCUUGCCCACAGGGUAUUUUUGACUGAUAAAUAUCGACCUGAGUCAUGUUGCAUUAUUGCAGACUACUACAGUUUAAAGGGCCAGCAUGAGAAAUCUGUUUUGUACUUUAGAAGGGCCCUGAAACUUAACAGAAAAUACCUAUCAGCUUGGACUCUGAUGGGUCAUGAGUAUGUUGAGAUGAAGAAUACACCAGCUGCAAUUGAUGCCUAUAGGAGGGCCGUUGAUGUAAAUAUAUCAAAUCCUCGGGACUACCGUGUGUAUGGUUUGGGGCAGACAUAUGAGAUGAUGGGCAUGCCCUUCUAUGCUCUUUAUUAUGUCCGGAAAUCAUCUUACUUGCAGCCUAAUGAUGCCCGGCUUUGGAUUGCUAUGGCUCAGUGCUAUGAAAGCGCACCACUUCAGAUGCUUGAGGAGGCAAUUAAGUGUUACACUCAGGCUGCAAACAGUAAUGACUGGGAAGGGAUAGCUCUACAUCAGCUUGCAAAGCUGCACUGUAUGCUUGGGCAUUCUGAACAGGCUGCAUUUUACUACAAGAAAGAUUUGAAGAGGAUGGAAGCUGAAGAGAAAAAGGGGCCAAAUAUGAUUGAAGCUCUACUCUUCCUUGUUAGACACUGCAAAGACGAAAAAAGAUUUGAGGAAGCAGAGGUCUAUUGCACAAGGCUCUUGGAUUAUACUGGUCCUGUAAGUGAUCUCAUCUUCAAGGACAACUUACAAGAUAUUAUUUUUUAUGUUCUUCCUGCAGGAUUUUGUUCAUAUAAGAAGAAUGUAGUUUCUUCCCUUGUCUUAAUAAUUUGGCUUUCCCCCCCUUUUCUCAAUUCGUGGUUGCAUCCCAGUAGGCAUAGUUUUCUUGUUUGGACCUGCCAAAUUUUGCAGGAAAUGGAGACAGCAAAGAGUCUUCUGCAAGGACUGAAAAUAGCUCAGUCCAGUUUUCCUUCAAUUGAUAAAGCGCAUUUUGCUCCUUAAAGUUCCAAUCCAUGGAUCUUCAAGAAAUUUUGACAAUGUGUUUGAACAAAAGGGAAUAUAAAUGAGGUAAUUCCAUCUUGGCAUAAUAUUCCAUUUACCAGCAUCAGUCACUGAAGAAGAAAAGAUAUAACAAGCAAAUCGAAUCAGCAUGCAACACCUGAAGUAGUCAUGCUCAUCCCACAUGAAAAUGAUUAAAGUGAGCUUUCCUGAGAUUUUGGCACCUGAUAAGCUUGAAGCUUAGAUAUCUGUCAUGGAGGAUUUGCUCUUGUCACUGUAUUAUUAAAGUCAUCAAAUUAAGCCUUGCCAAGCAGCUUCAGAUCGCUGGAGAUGUCAUUUGUGGAUGAGUUGUACUUUCAUGAAAUUGCUGGAUCUUUGCAUCAAGAAGCACUAAUUGUUGCAUGAUACCCAAACAAGCAUGAAAGGAAUGAUGCAGAUGCCCAAUUCCAAUAUCGCCGUUGCAUAGACUCAUUCUUCUGGAAGCAUA